UGGGCAAUCGAUAAAAACGCGUUUUUUCGCUCAGUUGGUUUCCAAGUCCGCCACUGCUUGUCGGCAAAUUUUGACGGUUGGUGCUAGUGGUUUCCCCUAAAACCGCAGGUUGUGUGUGUGUGUGAGUAGGGUUUGCGAUGUCGGAUAUAGGUAGUGGAGAUGAAGGUUCAAGUUCGCAAAAGUACCAGGGCAUGGAGCAGGGAAGUGAAUACGAUUCAGGCCAGCAGGGCCAGAUGGAGCAGGAACUAGCAACAAAAAUGCUCCAGAUUCAGAGCAAACGGUUCUACCUGGACGUAAAACAGAACCGCAGAGGACGGUUUAUCAAAGUGGCUGAAAUCGGAGCAGACGGACGAAGAUCGCAAAUAUUUCUCGCCUUAUCCACUGCCGCAGAAUUCCGAGACCACCUAUCGACCUUCAGCGACUACUACUCCUCACUCGUUGCAGUGUCUGUUGCAGGUCCGCCUAAUCCAGACAACGUGCCUGAAGACGGCAAACUCAAGUCCGAAAUGAUGAUCAAAGACAAUCGUCGCUACUACUUGGACUUGAAGGAGAAUUCGCGGGGGCGCUUCCUGCGCGUAUCGCAAACUAUAACACGGGGCGGGCCUCGUUCACAGGUGGCGAUACCGGCGCAAGGAAUGAUCGAGUUUCGCGACGCUCUCACCGAUCUUCUGGACGAAUUCAGCACUGACGAGCACGCAUACAAACCCGACCUGCCAGAGGGCCGACACAUGCAUGUGGAUAAUAAGAAUUUCUACUUUGAUAUUGGUCAAAACAAUCGAGGAGUUUACAUGCGUAUAUCGGAAGUGAAGACCAAUUUUCGAACUGCGAUUACGCUGCCCGAGAAGAGUUGGGCACGGUUUCGAGACAUCCUGAGCGACUACUGCGACAAGAUAAAGCAGCCGGCAGGGGCCAGUGGAGCGCCGGGCGGCCCCCUAGGGGUGCAGGACCAACCACAUCCUUUGGUUGGCAAUAAUACCCAACAAGAUGGCGGGACGAGUUUAAAGUAGGCUAGCGCGCCGAUUUUAGACUAAAAAUAUUAGAUUUAUUAAAAAUAACAAAUUAAAAAAAUUGGACAGGCACUGUCGUCCUUUUACCGGCCGCCGAUUUUUGCUGAACAAAAUUAGGAUUGUAAAUUGUUUGGAGCGGAUGAAUAGGGUUACGUUCUGCUGGCGGGCCCCCGAACAGAGUUAGUGACUUUUGACGUUGAAAGGUCACUAGGUCCUGUGAUAUAUAACUGGAAACGGAUGAUGUGAUAUAACUGGCAUGUGAUACUAUUUAAAGAGAGAGAUUUAUAUAAAAACGAAAUUCAGUGCGACGCUGAAACACGGGCUUUAUAACGGGUAGAGCCCCUGUUUAGGAUUUAGGUACGUUUAAGGCUAUGUAACGAUCUUUUAGAAGAUGCCUUCGUAGGGCUGGGCGCGCGACCCCAAUAACAAAAAAAACACAUCGGCGGCACUAAAUUGGACGAUAGAUUGAUUUUGAGAACAGCAACCAGAUUGGUUUUUGUGCAGUGUUAAAAAAAUGGAACACUAUAAUAUAUGUUAGAUUCUCUAUUAUAUGUUAAUGAAGAAAUACUUUUACGAAAGUUUAUUUAUUUUUUUUGUCGUUUUUAAGUUGUUGAAUUGAACAUUUCUCGUUUUGGUCCUUCUCGGGGCCAAAUCAAUGUCGCCCGUUUACGUUAAAUCAACAGUAUUACCGGUGAAUCAACGCGGCCAAUACGGGUGCUGUAGUCCUACUAAUUCUUCAACUAAAUAGUCCGUAAUCAAAGCCGUUCACGUGCGGGGUUGAUUUGGCCCGGGAAUCGUCGUCUUUUCUAUGCAAGUUUAGAGGGCACCACAAUCUGUUUUCUUUUUGUGAUUUUUACAAUAUCAAUGGCGCCCAACGCUGCAGGCGAACUAGUAUUUGUGGGCGUCGCCGCUCUGUGAUUUUUCUAUUAUCUCUGAAACAAACUAAACUUAUUUUAAUUGUAUUUAUUUAUGUUAUUUUAUAAUGACCGCAAUAGAGGGUGUGUGGCAUCAAGUGGCAUGCGCUCUCUAUUGCGCGAUGAUUAUUGAGGAAAUUGCUGCUUGAAGCGGAUGGCUCGGUUGGGGCCUUCAGUUCCCCCAAAAGACCCAUCAAAAACACAUUUUAAUUUAUUGGGCUUGAAUGGCGGCUGGUGCUUUUGAGAGAGGUUUUACUUGCGCGCAAGUAAAGUAUUUCUGUUCCUCUCUCUGUGUGCAGCCCCCACUGGCAAAUUUAGGCUUUCGCGCAUGCCCAGUGCGUUUAUUCGUACUUACGAGCCGUGGGGUUUGUGUGGGUUUUUGCUUUAACUAGACCGGGCAAAUGUCAACAACAUUUAAUCAUCUCCGUUUUGUGUAUGGAGAUGAAACAGGACAGACGAUGGUCUAGGUGACGCAACCACUCGGCAAAUGAGAUUUGACAGAUUCAAGUCGGAAAACGUCACGCGCUAGCGCCUCUCGUAGAGCAAAGAAUGACGCGUGAAGGAGCGCGGCGAUUGGUUGGAUUGAAGUUGGUACUUGUCGCGUGGAUGCCAAGCGUAGCUUUAAAUUUGAAAGUGGUGCCCCAUUGAUGAGAUUCUCCGUUAGUUUUUUCAUCCAGUUUGAUUGUUGACUCCCUGUUACAUUGAUAAGCGCUUUUAACAUAAAAAGAAACAACACUGUUACAUUUUGAAUGAUUUUUUCGAAAUUCUAUAAAUGUGUGUAUAUAUACAAAAUUUUAUGAUUGUUUUAUAUUCGCUUUAAUUAUAUAUAGAUUUUAUUUUUGUAGACUAGUCAGAGGUUGGUUUUUAUUCCUCGGUUUAAGCCACAUUUACAAACUUGAAUGUUUGCAUUUCCAUGUUAGUAAUGUAGUUAGGAUAUGAAUGUUUUUUCUCGAUAAGAAAAACACUGUCAAUUUUUAUUAAAACUUCAAUUUUUCGGUUGUUUUGUACAUAUGAGAAUCCAAUAAAAAUUGAUGUGGUUUUUCGGACUUAGCAAGGCUUUGUGUUAGAAUAACUAAUCUGUACCUCGUUUGAGCAAACUUUAAGGCACCGGAAUGGGGGAAGGAAUGUCGCAUUCAGUUUCCCAGAAAUCGUACAAAACGCAAAAACACAUACAGUACAAGAAAACGGUGCGGCAUUCCUUUUCCGGGCGGGCCUUGAGCGAUUUUCCAGCAACUUGCAAACAUUUCACAGUUUCCUUUUUAUCUCGAGAAUAAUUACACAGAAAUGAAGUAACUUAUUGAAAAAAAAUAGCUUCUAGAAUCUAAUAAUAUAUAAAUUAUUGAUAUAAAGAAACAAAAAAAAAUUAAUGUUGCAAAAUAAACGGAUAUUUAUGGGGUGUUCACUAAGUAUCACUUUUAAGUUUCGCUGCCGCGAUCUGUGCCUGCUAGAGCUUGUAAAUUUUUAUUAUUAUUUAAAGGGCGGAAGAAGGAUUGUGUGGCAAUAAUUUCCAAAAUCAUUUGGUUUUCCAGUACAGAUCGCAGCAGCCGCAAAGUAACUCCAAGUUCCCGACGUUCAACUUGGGGUUGCUUUGGAUUUAGACCAGCAACUGAACUUUUAAAAGUACGAAGGAAAUGCCAUCCAAAAACGAAAUAUAUAUUUUGAUUUGCAGACUUUGGGGGGAAAAAGAAUCGAAAAAAACAGUCUCCGGAAUAUUGUCUGGUAUUUCGCUACCUCUCCUUAUAAAAUUUACUUGUGACUGUGAUUUGUACUUUUCAAAAGUUUGACGAGACAAUGUUUACAUUUAUAUAAUUGCGUCGAUUUCUGAGCGUGUUUCGCCUGCAAACAUGUGCAGAAAACGGGGGGCUGUAGUAUGUAACGUUCCGUUUUGGUGUGCGUGGAGGCAUUUUUUCGGUUUUUCAACUUUGACUAAUAGUGUAAUUAUUAGGGGAAAGUGUUCACUGCCAAUGCGUUUUUUCAUAAUUCUGGGGAGACCUUUUCUCAAAUCAAAAAAAAAACAAAAAUAUUGCUGAUUAUUUCGCACCGUUCGAUUGGAAGGAACUCCCAGUCUACAUUGCCUAAUUUCGAUUUAUCAUUGCUUAACUCAUUUAGUUGAUUUUCUAGAACCUUAUAGAACAUGUAAAAUUUCUACAGAAGUCAUUUGAUGUGAUUAACGUACGAUAAAUGUAAGGUGCAAGGUAAGAUGGCCAAUAUGCAAUUUUAUGCCUUUUGGCAUCCAGACAUUAAACAUCUCACAAGUA